AUGGCUGGCCAGAUCGGAAGAGGGCCACCAGGGUCUUCCGUGAGCACCGCAAAUUGGUCGGUCCAAGCCCUAACGCAACAGAAACACAGCAGAACGGCAAAGGACCAUGGGAGCGGGAGAGCAAGCGAGAACAUGAGCUUAGGGUAUAUACGAAAUAAGAGGAAGCGGAGCAGCAUCAAGCAGCUCAUGGAACUAUGCAAGCCAAACGGUGACCACGUGGUAGAACAGACAACGGGCCAACCACAUGCAAUGCCUUGCAGCAAAAAGGCGAACAAGCGUGAGGGAGGACCAAAGCCUACUCGAACCCAGCAGAGAGAAGCAACAAGGCUCCAUAGGGGUCUAAAAGAGACUCGUGUCGACGAAUCUUCAAGCAGCACUAGCAAGUGA